CAGUUUGUUGAGGAUAUCAUGGUUUGACGUUGUCCGCUCUUGUCUUUCAAUUUCCAUCCAAAUAAUGUCGGUUUAAUCGAAGAACAGAUAGUUUGUCGAAGGGAAGAAGUGAAAUAAAACGUAGGCUAUAUUUUUGUCCUGAUUUUUGGCUGAUUUUGGGACUAGUUAAGAUUAUGGCAGUCAACGAAAAUGCUCUCCGAAAAAUGCUGGCAAAGGGUUACAAAUACAGGGACCUGACAGUGCGAGAAAUCAAUCAUGUCAUCACUCAGUACAAGGAUCUAAAACCUGUUAUGGAUUCAUAUGUGUUUAAUGAUGGCUCCAGCAGGGAAUUGAUGAGCCUGGCAGGGACUGUCCCAGUCAGCUACAGAGGAAAUACUUACAACAUCCCCAUCUGUGUGUGGCUGCUGGACACCUACCCUUAUAACCCCCCCAUCUGCUUUGUGAGGCCCACCAGCGCCAUGAUGAUCAAGACAGGGAAACAUGUAGACGCCAAUGGCAAAGUCUACCUGCCCUACCUGCACGAAUGGAAACAUCCCCAAUCAGACCUGUUCAGCCUAAUCCAGGUGUUGAUUUUGGUAUUUGGGGAGGAGCCACCCGUCUUCUCGCGACCUACCACACAAACUCCAUACCAGCCCUUCCAAACAGCAGGCCCAACCACUGCUGCCUAUAUGCCAGGCCCAUCUGCCUCCUAUGGUCCCCCACGUUCACCCAACCCCAGCAGUUUUCAGGGUUACCCCUAUCCUGCCGCCGGCACCUACCCAGCCAGCCCGGGUCCGGGCCACUUCCCCCCCACAACACCCAGUGCUACCACAGGCCCUGCUCGUGAUGGCACCAUUGGCGAGGACACCAUCAGGGCGUCCCUGGUGUCGGCGGUGAGCGAUAAGCUGCGCUGGCGGAUGAAGGAAGAGAUGGACCGAGCCCAGGCAGAGCUCGACGCCCUUAAGAAGACAGAGGAAGACCUGAAGAGAGGUCAUCAGAGGCUGGAGGACAUGAUCGGCAGAAUUGGACAAGAGAUGACGGAUGUAGACAGGAACAUUGAGCUCCUCAAGCAGAAGGACGAAGAUAUGAAAGCGGCGCUUGAGAAGAUGGACAACCAAUCAGAGAGGGGUGACAUUGAUGAUGUCAUCAUUCCCACAGCACCCCUCUACAAGCAGAUACUAAACCUGUACUCGGAGGAGAAUGCCAUAGAGGACACCAUCUUUUACCUGGGAGAGGCUCUCCGCAGGGAUGUCAUCGAUCUGGAGGUCUUCCUCAAGCAUGUACGGAUUCUCUCUCGUAAACAAUUCCAACUACGAGCUCUAAUGCAGAAAGCUCGAAAAACUGCUGGCCUAAGUGAGCUCUACUGAUAACCACACACACACGCACAGACACACACACACACACACACAUCAUACAGACAAUAGAAGUAAAACUGGAUGUUUUUUAUGCCAUAUCCUUAUCUAUAAUGUAUUAUGGAGGUUAUGAUACUAAAGAAGGUCACAUACUGAUGAGGGAAACUGUCAUCUGCAUAAGCCAAGUGUUGUAGCGGUGAAAGUGCUCACCUCUAGUUGAAAUAUAAUUGGCCAAAUGGCAGGGAUUAAUCAAUUUGAGAAGGUUAAAGGAAUAGUUCAGAAUUUUGGACAUACAUGUAGGACCUCAUUUCCAACUUUGCCGAGGUGAUAUAGGUCGGUGGAGACAGUUGGUUCUGAGCUAACGCAUUUCAACGGUAACAUCCAAAACAGUCUUACUCACUCCACAGCACACUCAAGACAAGUAGAUUAAAACGUCAGACUAUCGAUGUCCUUGUUGAUAGAAUAAUUUUAGAAAUAAAAAUAACCUUGCAACUCAAUGAUUUAUUACAUGUUGAGGGACUAGUUUCUCAAUAUCAAUCCGCUACUGCCAUACAGGGAACAAAGUAGGCUAUUGCAAUGCGAUGCAAGGUUAGUUUUAUUUCUAACAUUGUUCUAUCAACACAGACAUGUGCAUCGAUAGUCUUUAUAAUUUAUUUGUUUCGGGUGUUCUGUGGAGUGGAUUAAUCUGUUUUCAGUGGCAGGCUGGAUGUUACCGUUGACUUGCGUUAUCUCGGCACCAGAUGAGCACGAGAUGAAUGCUGCAACUUAAGGAAGGGCAGAAAUUCACAGAAAAUGGUCUCCACCGACCUAUAUCACCCCGACUAAGUUGGAAAUGAGGUCCUAUGUCCAAAAUUCCAAACUAUUCCUUUAAUUACAGUCAGACAUGCUUCGAAAUGUUUUAACAUGCAUAUACAGUACAUUUGCUUGAGAUGCUCUACACUACGUAAAUGUGGGUCCACUUAAUACAAUCUUUAGUUGACAUCCGAUGUACACUUAAAAUGACUUUGCAUUAUAAAAGAGGUGGGGGAGCCUACACAGUGGGGCUGUGAAAGGGUGUGUUGUCCUGACUAAAGCCAGACAAAACCAAAUCAAGUUAAAAUGAAGGACCAAGUUCUUUUCUUCUGUGAUCUCUUGUUGUUCGUCACUUUAUAAAAAGUCUGUUUACAUAGACAUAAGUUUAACAUAAAUAUUCCGAGCAGCCUUAUUUUUUAAAGGGAAACAUUAUAUAUAACCCAGUUGACAAAUAUUUCAUUUAUUUUUACAUGCUAAUAAUUAGUUAUAGUUUUAGGUGAGUUACUGAAUGAUUCCGUAACACUAACUGUGAACUGUAACAUCUCCACACUCCUAUGGAAUUUGCACAGUGAGCUCAUUAACCACGGUGUAAAACUCUAGUGAAUUUGUCAGGAAGUUGUCAUGGUAUUCAGUUAUUUUUUAUGCUUAGGCCUAUAUGAAAUAUCAAUAGAUUUUAUGUCAAUUUAAUUGUCAUACUUGUAGAACAUUCCUAAUUGAACUACCAGUAUGCAGUGAAUGUUACAUUGUCUUAAUUACAUUGCAUAUACAUUUAAAAUUGUUCCGCUACAUAAGCGCCCAUGUACUUUUCAUUAAAAUGCUGUAAUAUUAACAUUG